AUGUUACUUCAGAAAAAUCUAACACUUAAAGAUGAAGUCCUGAUUGUUGGAUUCGAGAACCUCAGUGACUACAGAAUCCCUCUCUUCCUUCUCUUACUGAUCAUUUACACAUUCACUUGCAUUGAAAACAUCCUGAUAAUAUUCUUGGUACGUAUAAGCUCUCGUCUCCAUUGUCCCAUGUACAUCCUGAUCGGGAAUUUGCUCUUCUGCGAAUUCCUCUAUACAACAGACCUGGUGCCCCUGAUACUGCAACACAUGCUAUUGGGAAGAGGGGUCAUCUCCCGCCUUGGCUGUUCUAUCCAGUUAAGUGUAUCUGGAUGCAUAACGAUGGUUGAGACUCUGCUGCUCACUCUGAUGUCAUACGACAGAUAUUUGGCUAUUUGUAAGCCUCUCAGGUAUUCAGCCCUCAUACACAAUAGACUCUGCUUGUAUUUCGUAAAUGGGUUUUGGUUCAUUUCAUUUAUAUCCGCUGCAGUUAUAUUUUACUUUGUAAUAAAUAUUAAAUUUUGUGGCCCUUUGACCAUCGACCAUUUCUUCUGUGACUUCACCCCUUAUAUUUCCUUUGCAUGUUCAGACAUACUGCCACUUGUUUUAUUUUCCUUAGUGAUCAGCAUUCUUGCAACUAUAUUACCUUUCUUUUUGAUUGUUCUGUCCUACAUAUUUAUUAUAAUUACAAUUCUCAGGAUACAGACGUCGGAGGGAAGGCAGAAAGCCUUCGCCACCUGCAGCUCGCACCUCCUAGUAGUGACUUUAUAUUACGGAGCACUUUUUUGCUUAUAUGGGAUGCCGAGGAGUAGUCAGUUUCUCAAUGUUUACAAAGGGUUGUCCUUCACAUACUUUUCAGUGACUCCGAUGGUAAACCCCAUCAUAUAUACUCUAAGGAAUCAGGAAAUUCAUAAAGCUCUGCAGGCGGCAAUUAGUAAAAUGAAAGCUGUUUAUUGUUAA